AUGAACAAAAAUAGCUUAAUAGAAAAUAAUUUCAGCUUAAAAUGCUUAAACCACUAGAGAACUUAAGCAAAAUAUUUUUGCUACUUACCUUAAUGUCAAUAGCAUAGAAUAUUUUGUGAGAAUUGUCUAAAUGAUUUUCAUUCCCAACACUAAGAAUCAAUAAGUCAUCUAUCAAAUUUGUUCCUAUUACUUGAUGAAAAGUCCCAAAAGGCAGAAUUAUCCUUGCAAUCAUAUUACAAUUAAUUCAGAAGUCUAUAAGAAUAUUUUAACGUCACAAUUAAAGGAUUGCGAUAUAUGUUUGGAGGGUUGACUUCAGAUUUAUUAGAUCUUGAUUAAAAUCAAAUUGUCUAGUUUCUUGAUCAAUUAAUCCAUUUCGAUGAAAUAAACUAAUUAUAUAGAGAUUAAGUAGAGAACAAAUUACUCAAGAUCUUAGAAAUUCUGAAUCAAAUAUUUUCCAGGUUACCANUUAAAAUUAGUUAGAGAGAGAUACACGAAAUUAGUUCAGAGUCCUCUUAAUCUUCAAGUAGUAAGGAAUCACAAGUUUUGCGUCAUGAAAACCAUAAAAAUGGAUAAAUCAAAAACAAAAGAACCUCUUUAUAAUCUUAAAAUGAUAAAAAUGAUAAAUUUGAAAAACUUAGAACUAAUCUAAAUAUGAAGGAAAGCGUUCACAAUAAUUUAUUAAUGCCAAUCUUAUAAAAGAUGAAUUCUAUUGGCUAAUUACCACUUGAUGAUCCCAAUAAUUAAAGCUCUACUCCAAAUGCUAAAGUGUUUCCUUAAUUUUACAAGAAAAAACCAUCUAUUUCAACUAUAAAACCUAUGUUAAAGAUCGAUCAAGCUAAUGAAGCUGACAAUAAUGAAGAUACAUUGAAGAUAUUCUCAUUUAAAAAAGGGUCUGAAAAUUUUGAUGAUAUGGAUCUAAUGAUGUAAGAAGAUAAUGAUUUUUAUCCUGAGUUUAAUGUCUUCAAAGUAAUAGAUACCUAUAAUAAGUGCAGAAUAAGAAAUUUGAGUUUUAGAAAAAAAAGAUAAUUUCAUGAAAAACUUAAAUCUAUAAGAUUGUAAAAACAAUUUAAUUUAAAAAUACUGACACCUCAUUCAUCAUAGCAAAUUAUUUGA